UGGGUUGCUCGGUUUCCUGCCACUCCUCCAUCAGCCUAGCCAAUCUCGCGCCAUGGUGGAACGCAACUUGGAUAUGCGGUUGGAUAUGCGGCGAGUGGAGUUCAAUAUCAAGUUCAUGCGGCAGCAGCAGACCCCAGGCUAUGUGAUGCUGGAGGAAUUCGUGGAUCCGCCUCAAGCGCCCUCCUCUACGCAUGAAGCAGAAGACCGUGCAGCUCACAGUAGUAGGUUCAAGGCCUGGCUGUGGCCCUUCGCUCGCGAACGGAGGGGCGGAUCGCUGGAGGAUCCCUGGAGUCGGGGCGACUGCCGCUGGAUGCCGGAUGAGAAAUGUUCCAAGUGCUUCGCCUGCGGCGAGACCUUCAAUACGUGGACCCGGCGCCGACACCACUGCCGGCUCUGUGGCCAGAUCUUCUGUCACCAGUGCUGUUCCAAUUGGGUGGACGGCCUUGUGGUGGGCCGCAGCAACGAGAAGAAGAGCCGCUUGUGCGAGGCCUGCACCGAGUUCGUGGACGAUCGCCUCAUCGACCGAUCCACGAUCGGGCGGAGCAUGGACCGCUGGAAAGAGGAGAAUGCAGAGGCGGCACAGGACGAUGAGGAAAACGAGGAGGAGGAUGUGCCAUCGGAGGAGGAGAACGAACGAGGAGAUGCAAACCUUCCAGGUGUUGAUCAGACCAAGGAAUACCUGGAGCAUUUCUAUCAGCAGGAUCCGUUGGAAGGUCUGAAGGAGGGCGAGGCUCAUCGUCAAGAGUGGCAUCAGAUGGCCGAAGCCUCCUUCCGGCGUUUCGUGGCCUCGGUGCACGCCUACUGCGUCCAGGUUGGAAAUGGACUGGAGGAGCAGGAUGUGAUUUUCACCAUUUGCAAGCUGGCUCAACAGGUGGUGAAGCAGAUGGAUUUCAAGCUGGAGGACUGCAUGGACAUCUUAAAGUACGUGAAGGUCAAGCGAGUGCCGGGCGAACACUUUGGAGCCUCCAAGUGCUACGAUGGGGUCGUCUUCACCAGCGACGUGGUCCACCGGAAGAUGGACACAGACAUUAGCGAUUGCCCCUUGACCUUGAUCCAGAUGCCCUUGACUUUCGACAAAUACAAUGUGCGGACCGACCUCGAUGUCCUCAGAGACCAGGAGCAGAUUUACUUGGAUCUCAAGGUGGAGAAAAUCUACCGGGAUGUUUUGCCCGAACCUCCCAAGCUGCUGCUUUGCCAGGGCGUCGUCUCGCAAUUUGCCCAGGAACGCCUGGCUAGCCGGCGCAUCUCGGUCAUCAUCGGUGUGCCUGAACACAUCCUGCAAGCCAUCAGCCGCUGCACAGGCAGCAAGGUGACCCCUGCGGUGGAUUCCAUCCGGAAGACGGGCUCGGAAGGCAUCGGCGGCAGGGCGCAGAAGUUCAAGGUGCUCCGCAACGGCCAUGUGGGCGAGGCGACCUACAAGGCUCUCACGGUCAUUGAGGGCUCCACUCAGGGCAAGUUCAGCACUGUUUGCCUCCGUGGAGAGCAGGCCGUAUUGGCCAAGCCAGUGUUACGCUGGGCGGUGCGCUUGGCUCGGCACCUGCAACUGGAAAGCGAGCUCCUCUUUGAGCUUUGGUGUCCACCCUGGAAGCGCGAGUUGGAGAAACAUGGAGAGAAGGGCGACGACUUCCAAAGCUUGGAGAUCAUCACCUAUGCCAUCAACAAGGAUCAAAGCUGCAAGCCGCCGGAAGUCAAUCGUUUCCCUGCCUAUUUGACAGAGGGCGUGACCGAGGGCGUUGUGCGUGACUGCACGGUGAGGCAGUGGCUGGAGAGUUGUCUCCAGCGACUGCCCACCCCGAGCUCCCCCGUCGUGAGCGCCACGGCGGCGCUCUCCACGGAGGACGCCGUCUUGACCACGGUGCCGCUGACCGACAACUCUGGGACGGAGCCGGGGGAGGACCCGCCCCUGCCGGAGUGUGGCAAACUGCUUUGCUUCCAGCGGAAGGGCAACCGACUGGUCGUGGAGCUGAUGGAUUUGAGCGAGCAGAAUGACAGGGGGCGCUCGCGGUCCUUGGAUCCUGCUCCCGCCCCCCCCGAGAUGCGGACCUCCGAUAGUGGUGCUAUCACACGCUGGUCCUUGUUCUUAAAAGAGAAGAAAGAUGACAAGGAGAAGAAAGAUGACAAGGAGAAUAAGCAGCGCACUCUUGAGAUGUGGCGCUUCUGCCGCGUCUGCAAGAGGCAGGUGACGCCACGCAGUGCCUUGAGCGAGUCAGCUGGAUGGUAUUCGAUGGCCAAGUUCCUUGAGAUGCUACUGCACGGCUCAGCCAGCUGUUCGCCCCUAGCAACCACUGGAGAUGAAGGGCCGCCAUGCACGCAUUCGUUCAGAGAGCAACUCUUGCAGUGCUCCUGCCCAGAACGCCCUGGCUUGGUCGUGGUCUUCAAGUGGGAGCAGGUGCCCAUGUGGCGCCUAUGUUCACCACACCUGCCCUCCUGGGAUCCAAGCUCCGGGCUUAGUGUGGCCAGUGAGACCAAGAAAGCCGCGGAAAGGAUCUCCCUCUUCGACAACACCGAGCAGCUCAUCGAGCGCAUCGCCGAGUUCAUGCGGAGCGUGCUACUGUGCUUGUCCACGAUCGAGUCCGAGGACAACCGGGCAUCUGAGUCGCCCACGCUGCCGGCGCCCAAGAGCGAAAGCAGCCUGCGGGUCUUGCGGGCCGAGAACAGCCCGGACUCGAAGUCCGAGAAGGAAUUCAAGGAGAAAAAGGACACCAACGGCGAUGGUAUGGACCUGUUCCUUUUGAGGCAGUGGCUCUUUCAGAAUCGCACCGACUGGCAUCGGGUGAUGGUGAACCUCAAUGACUUUCACGGAGAUAUCUCGCUGCGCUUGCGGAGCGUGAAGGAGUCCUUGGGAGUGUCGAGCUUCCACAACAUGAACUCGCAGGUCGUAGAGAACUUGUCCACGGACCCUUUGCUGGUGAGCACCUUGCGGCGCGAGGUCAUGGACGCCUUCCGGGAGGGGAAGAUCUCGCGGGUCAUCCUGCAGGACUUGGUGGAUCUUCAGAAGAAGCUUCGGGAGAAUGAGGACAAGAGCAAGGGCAGCAGCUUCCAAAUGCCUUUACCUGCCACCUUUUCCAGCCUGCUUUCGAGCGCCAAAGAGACCUUGAAUCGGAUCUGGACCCCGGAAGACGCUGCCAAGCAGGGCGUCACGGAGCUCGAUGCUUUGGGCUCACAGACGGUGGAGCAGACCUUGCCGCAGAGGAGCUGGAUGGUGGACCUGGACCUCGCCCAAGAGGCCCAGAAGGAGUUCCGCGGCCGCCGGGAGUUCCGCGAGGCGCUGCCCAGGCACUUGGACCAAGUCCUCACCGCUUUCCAAGACGCGGUCGAGGAGAGCAACAACAUCAAUGCAGGCGAGUGCUGCUUGCACGGGAUCUGUUUGCCGGUGAACUUCGAGGACGUGGGGUCCCUCAUCAGCUAUGCUUUGCUGAGCGACAAGGCCAAGGAACAGAUGGCCAGCCAGUGGAACACGCUGGGAGGGAGGUCGUGCUGUCCGCUUGAGAUCCAAGAUGCAUGUUUCCGGUCGCUGCCCAAAUGCCUUCAGCGGCCUUCGACGCGAUCCGAAUGGGAGGGCACCUGGAAGCCGGUGCUCGAGGAGAGCGAGGCACGGCGGAAGCUCAAAGCAAAGCCUUGGAAACUCUGCGGACGGAGCUGUCCUGCGGCCUGGGAACAAGCGGCUGAGGUCUGGGAUGAGCACGAGUUGCAGCGCGUUUCAGAGGAGUGGGAACAGGUGGGUUUGCGGAGUGUCCUAACGGGUGCCGUGAACAAGGAACCGGUGAAGGUGGACUUCGAGGACAAGCAGGGGAAGUAUUCGGUGUCCAUCCACUUCGCCUGUCACUUCCACGCGCUUCGUCACUGGAUAUGUGGAGACGACCUGAACUUUGUGCGCUCCUUGCACCGGUGCAACAAGACCUCCAUGAGCGGUGGCAAGACGGGAGCAAGCUUCUAUUCGUCUCAUGACGAUCGAUUUCUGUUGAAGGCGCUGAACAAGCCGGAGUUCGACAAGCUGGUCAUGGAGGCGAAUAGCCUCUUUUGGUACUUCGAUAAGGUGCUCUUUGAGAAGUUGCCCUCGGUCUUGACGCAGGUCAUCGGGCUGUUCACCGUGUCGGCCACCAAGAAAUCUCAGAAGCACCAGGGCUUCUAUGUGGUCCAGAAGAACCUUCAGUUCGGGCUCAGCCACUUCGGCCCCAAAGUCUUCGACUUGAAGGGCGUGGGGAAGCAGCGCCGCGUGGAGACGCAGCUGGAGGAGUCGCCCAGGUCCUCGGCCUCGGCGCGCCCGGUCUUCUGGGACCAGAACUUCCGAGAAUGGACCAGCGGAAAACCGCUCUACCUGGCGCAAGAGGACUUGAGCUAUUUGGAGGCAGCCAUGUUCAACGACACGACCCUGCUGUCCACGCUCUACUUGAUGGACUACUCGCUCUUGUUGGCCGCCGUGCCCCCGGAGGGCCCGCCGAACUCGGGGCGGCUGUCCAUGGGGAUCAUCGACUAUUUGCGGGCCUACACAGUGGACAAGAAGUUGGAGAGUGCAGUGAAGACCCUGCAGACUUCUUUGUCACAGAGUCAUCCGGAACAGCCCACCAUCAUCAACCCGAUUGAGUAUGCUGGCCGCUUCAUGCGCGCGAUGGGCACCUAUUUCGUGGCAGACCGGAAUCAUGAGAUCGACGAGGAUGGAAGGGACGGGGAGCUCUGGCCCAGCUGACACCCAGAUCGACGUGGCCGGGGCGACCGGCGACGGAGAUUUCUUGACCGGUGAGGGACUGUCAAGAGCAGCGGCUGUUUGCCGCUCG